CACUGAGAGGACCCUUCACAAGAAGAAAAAUUCUCCACUUCAGAUUCUAGUGAAAAGCAAACUUCCCCAGCUGUUGAGAUGCCUGUCGCUUCUACAAACUCUGAGACAGCCAUGCAACAGGUCUUGGACAACCUCAGUGACCUCCCCAACUCGAUGGGAGCAGGAGAUCUGGAUCUCAUCUUUCUCCGUGGCCUCAUGGAGAGUCCAAUAGUAAGAUCCUUGGCUAAGGCUCACGAGCGACUGGAAGAGACAAAGCUGGAAGCCGUGAGGGACAACAAUUUAGAGCUGGUCCAGGAGAUCCUCAAAGACAUCGCGCGCAUUGCUCAGCAGGACAGCACGGCGGCUGAACUGGCUCACAUCCUCCAGGAGCCGCACUUCCAGUCCCUCUUGGAAACCCAUGACUCUGUUGCCUCCAAGAGUUACGAGACCCCACCGCCCAGUCCAGUCCUGGACCCCAUGUUCAACAACCAGCCAGUGCCACCAGAUGCUGUGCGCAUGGUGGGGAUUCGCAAGACCGCUGGGGAGCACCUGGGGGUGACGUUCCGGGUGGAGCGUGGAGAGCUCGUCAUUGCACGCAUCCUGCACGGGGGCAUGAUUGACCAGCAGGGCUUGCUGCAUGUGGGCGACAUCAUCAAGGAGGUGAAUGGGCAGGAGGUGGGGAGCGACCCACGGGCUCUCCAGGAGAUGCUGAAAAACGCUAGUGGAAGCGUCGUGCUCAAGAUCCUGCCCAGUUACCAGGAGCCACACCCACCACGCCAGGUAUUUGUAAAGGCCCACUUUGACUAUGACCCGGCCACGGACAACCUCAUCCCAUGCAAGGAAGCCGGUCUGAAGUUCGUCGCUGGAGACCUUCUCCAGAUUGUCAACCAGGAUGACCCCAACUGGUGGCAGGCCUGCCAUGUGGAGGGUGGCAGUGCAGGACUGAUCCCCAGCCAGCUGCUGGAGGAGAAGCGCAAGGCAUUUGUGAAGCGGGACCUUGAAGUCACACCUUCCUCAGGUGCCUUGUGCGGAAGCCUCAGUGGGAAGAAAAAGAAAAGGAUGAUGUAUCUGACCACCAAGAAUGCAGAGUUUGACCGGCAUGAACUGCUGAUCUAUGAAGAGGUGGCACGUAUGCCCCCGUUCCGCAGAAAAACCCUGGUCCUCAUCGGUGCCCAGGGGGUUGGCCGGCGCAGUCUUAAGAACAAGCUUAUCAUGUCUGACCAGUCUCAGUAUGGAACCACCAUCCCAUACACAUCGCGGCGGCCCAAGGAGCAUGAAAAGAGUGGGCAGGGGUAUACCUUUGUGACUAGGAGUGAGAUGGAGGGCGACAUCAAAGCAGGCCGCUACCUGGAGCACGGCGAGUAUGAAGGGAACCUCUACGGGACCAAGAUUGACUCUAUCCAUGAAGUUGUGGAUUCAGGCAAGAUAUGCAUCCUGGAUGUCAACCCACAGGCCGUGAAGGUGUUGAGGACCGCCGAGUUCGUUCCCUUUGUGGUGUUCAUUGAAGCACCAGAUUUCGAGACUCUGAGAGCCAUGAACAAGGCAGCGUUGGAGAGUGGUGUGGCCACCAAGCAGCUCACGGAUGCUGACCUGAAACGGACAGUUGAUGAGAGCUGCCGAAUCCAGCGGGGCUACGGGCAUUAUUUUGACCUCUGCUUAGUGAACGACAACAUGGAGCGGACAUUCCAGCAGCUGCAGGAGGCCUUGGAGAAGUUGCACAGUGAACCACAGUGGGUCCCCGUCAGCUGGGUUUACUAG